AUGUCGUUCCGCGGUGGUCGUGGUGGAGGCCGUGGCGGCUUCGGUGGACGCGGCGGAGGAGGCUUCGGUGGUAGAGGUGGUGGAGGACGGGGUGGAGGCUUCGGCGGACGGCCGAGCUUCCAGGACGCCGGACCACCUGAAGAAGUCGUGCCGCUAGGAUAUUUCCACAACAGUGCUCAGAAAGACAUCGUUGUGAAAGUCACGAUGGAAGACAAAGUUCCUUACUUCAACGCCCCCGUCUACCUCCAAAACAAGGAGAAGAUUGGCAUCGUCGACGAAAUCCUUGGAAACGUCAGGGAUUAUUGGGUAUCCGUGAAGCUCAACGACGAUGUAAAAUCCAACUCGUUCAACGAUAAAGAAAACUUCUUCAUCGAUCCCGCCAAGUUGUUACCCCUCGAAAGAUUCCUCCCAGGGGCUCCCCAACAGCGAGGUGGAGGACGCGGAGGAAGAGGUGGUAGAGGCGGCGGCGGUCGCGGCGGUUUCGGAGGAGGUCGUGGAGGCGGCUUCGGCGGGCGGGGAGGUGGAGGCUUCGGUGGACGAGGAGGCGGUGGCUUCGGUGGACGAGGAGGCGGUGGCUUCGGUGGACGAGGGGGUGGUGGUGGUUUCGGAGGAGGCCGCGGUGGCGGAGGCCGAGGAGGCUUCGGAGGACGAGGCGGAGGCGGUCGUGGUCGAGGUGGUUAUUGA